GUAGACUCGGUUUUUAUUAUUAAUGUAAAUGUUAGCAGUAGUUAAAUGUUUGCUUAUAUUUUCAGCCGUUACAAUUCCAAAAGUAGAUGUUCUAAAGGCGCCAAAUGAAGGGGAGCAAUUCGAGCAUGAAGUUCCGUACAGUUGUGACAGUUGUCUCGUUGAUAAGGUGUACAUCAACGGCAUACCAUUAGAAACAUCAACUAGAAGGAGUUCACUUAAUUCGAUAGCAUUUUAUGUCACCUCGCCUUCAGCUAUAACAAUUCGUAUUACGGGGUACACAGCCACAUUCGAAGGGGUGUUUCAAGCAGUUUUUAGUGUGGACGAUGAGAAGAUCACUAAGACUAUUAUGGAGAUACAAUCGGAGUCUGAAACAGUCACGGAUGCUACAACUGCAGCUUCAAGUCAAGAUGUAAAAUCUAACCCAGAUGAUUUGACUACAGCGGCUUUACCUAAUACAAGUUUACCAGACACUACAGAUAGUAUAAGUACAUCCACAGCAGCCGCAUCAUGAGUUUCAAAUUCAUAAGUUUAAAUUCGUCGAGAGACUUCAGUAGCGGCUGAUAUUUAUUGGAAAAUAAAUUAUUAACUAUA